UUUCAAGGUUCAGUUUCAGCAGAUGCCGAAGCAAAGAAGAGACGCGACGUCACAGUAGCAGAGUACUCGGCCAAAGAGCAACCACCAGUUACUGCGGCUCAGACAGCUGCAUUUGAGGGAUUCGCAAGGGUGGUCUUUUCAAUGGGUAUUGAUGGUCUAAUAAGAGAAUACAAUGACUUUCUGAAACCUUACGUUUCCUACCCGUUCAAGAGGGAUGCCUUCGAUCAAAACACGCCUAAAAAUCGCUACAAAGGUAUUUCAUUAUGUCACUUUAUCGACCUUUAG